AUGGGAAGUGAAUGUAAUUUUCCAAGAAAACUUCGUUAUGAUAUUAGUAUGUCAAAAAGAACAAGAAAAACAGCAUUGAAUACGAAAGAAGACGUUGUUGUUGAAAGUGUAGAGUAUCAUGAAGAGUUGAUCAAUUUAGAUGAGAAGAAGAGUUUAAAGCAAUUGAUUGAAGGUAGAGGGACUUCUUUGGGGCACCAUUUUAUAGAAGAAGAAGAAGAAGAAGAAAGACAAGUUCAAAUAGUUGUAAAACAGGCAGAGAAUAAUGGGGUUAAAUUCAAGGAAAUGGUUAGUCGUUAUGCUAAAGUUUUAAGGCAUAUGAUUAAGCUUAAGAGAAAGAAGCCUGCUGGUUACAUAUUGAAGAUGCAAGUACAUAAUAAAUCUUGAUCAUCCAUGUUUACUAUU